AUGCCUUGCUCAUCCUCUAGUGACACGUCUUCCGAAUCCCCCUACUCCUCCUCCAUAUAUUCCUCAUCUUCAUCAUCUUCGCAGUCAUUCACUGGUCCACCUCCCUGCUGUCGCUCAGGCCUCCCGUGCCUUUCCCGCCAUGGCCCAGAUCUGGCUUUCUCUCUGGCCACAGCCGCUGCCAGGCCUCCUCGCACUGUCCUUCCGCGCGCACCUUGUCCGCUGAGUCCCCUCCCCGCCACCGGCGCUUGUCCCCGAGUUCUUGCUGGCGGGUUUCCCGCCGCUGCCUCCGCUGCGCGUUCUCGCAGUAGCCUCUGCCGCGCUGUUCCCUCUCGGCGCCUGUCAAUCACGCCCGAUUCCGCACCUCCGGUUGGCGUGCAGGCGCAUCCCCCGACGUCGGCCCCAGGGCCAGGCGCGGCGCCGCCACCCCCUCAACCGUUUGCUCCGCCUCACGCGCCGCUCGCGGCGGGGCCGACUCCUGUUGCGCCGUUUGCGUAUUCGUACCCACCUCGGUUGGAUGUGGCCGGGUCUGCUCCUCCUGGCCCUCGUGGGCUUCCCUUCCCUGUUCCCGCUCCCCAUGGGCCUCAGCGCCAGCACCCCCUUGUGCCGGGGUCUCGCCUCCCUGCGGCUCGAUUCGGAUUUCUGUGUCUUGCGAUUCCCCCGUCCCCCGCCAUCCUGCGCCCCCUGCAUUCCCGCACCACCAGCCAGUGCCUGGCAUCUCCCAUGGCUGCUGGAGCGAAGACGAGGUGCCUGGCACCGCUCAUGACCCUGAGGUGGAUUGGGAUGGUGUCUCCCCCCCCGAGCCCUCCUUGGGGUGAGCCGCGGCCUGGAGACGGGGCUUACCAGUCCCGUGGGAUGCACCUGGCGGAGAUUGGCCGCUGCGUGACAGAGCUCUCGUUCGUGCUUGACCUCUUGCAUGACGCCCUUCAGUCGCGGGAGGUGGUGGCCCAGGAUCCGCAGAUGAAUGAAGACCAGCAGGGGCGGGUGCCGCGUGCAGUGUCGAGUGCGCUGUGGGAUGUCCUGCAUCUGCCGCUUGAGCCCGCGGACCCGUUGCUAGACGAUGGACCUGGUGCUGCAGCUUUCCGCACAGUAGCCAAGGCUGCUGAGGGGUGCCCGCAUGGGAUCGUCCCUGCGAUCGCGUAUGUGCUUCGGUGGCUUGGGCGGCGGGUGAAGAGGAUGUAG